UACCAGGUGGCAAUCCUGGCACCACGUCCCUUGGCAGUCGGUAGUCUGUGUUAAGCUGAAACGGCGGUGGUCUUGUCGCAGGCCACAACCGGUGUAAUUGAAUCAAAAAUGUCCUACCGUACAGCUGUGACAUUCGUUGGAUUACCAUUACUUUUGGCCACUUUACUGCUCCUGUUCGGUGUCAGGGAAAUUGUAACAAUCAACGUCACUCAGCCUGAUGAAUUGUCUAGCGCAGCGGGCGAAGCACCGCAAUGUCCGGAUAAAAGCAUCUGUGUUCCACUGCUGCAGUGUCCAUUUGUCGACCGAAUGGCCAUCGUAGAGUAUCUAUCCCGGCCGUCAGUGCUGAGGGCUCCACCGGAGCGUCGUUGGCAACAAGCACACUGGCGUCGGUGUCAGCUGGAUGAAGACAACUUUGCUGGUAUCUGUUGCAACGCGCUGGUCGACGGUGAAGCCACUCUUCCUACGGUCGAGCUGGAACCACCACCACACACCAUCGAAGAGGAAGUUUUACAGAAAGCGCAGGAGGUAGCGAUGCGAAAGUUAAAUCGUUUGCGGAUGAACGGCGAACAAGAUCUGCGUAACAAAUCGCCGCCUGCAGAACCGUUUCACGGAACUCCCGGUCAUGAUGCGGUUCCGAAGGCGGUGCUGUGGCAAGGAUUGCACGAUGUGCUCACUCUACAAGCCUUGCAAAAGUUGAGCAACGGUACGACGCCACUGGAUAUUCGACGAUCGAAACGGUGUUUGGUGGGACCACCGUGUGAGAAGCCACACUCCCGGUAUCGCUCGUUUGAUGGUCGCUGCAAUAACAUCGAACCUGGACGGAGCCGCUGGGGAUCGGUUGGGUACCCGAUGGAACGGGUACUGGCUCCCCUGUACGAUGAUGGUGUUUGGGCUCCACGGAUGAAAUCCAUCACUGGCCGCUUCCUUCCAUCGGCCCGAGAGCUUUCCAGCACGCUGUUCACGGAUCUAUAUGAACCACACUCGCGGCACAAUGUGCUGUUGAUGCAGUUUGGCCAAUUCCUGGCACACGAUUUCUCCCGCAAUCAGGCACUGCCUGGGACGCGGAAAUGCUGCACGGCGGACGGAUCGGCCAGGUUAAAGAACGCUUCGUUCGGUUGUAUGCCGAUAGCGGUACGGCAAGGGGACGAUUUCUACUCACAGCACGGUGUGCACUGUCUGCACUUUACCCGUACGGCCGUGGCACCGAUGGACGAGUGUGACAGCAAGUACGCCCGGCAGCUGUCCAGUGUGAGCCACUUUAUCGACGGAUCGCCCAUUUACGGAAACUCAAAGCAGGAAGCGCACGAACUAAGAUCACACGAGGGUGGUCGCUUGAAAUCGAUUAAGCAUCGUCGCUACCACAACGAGCUACUACCUCUCGAUCGAAAGGAAGGAUCGUGCGAGAAAUGGGCUGAGCUGUGUUUCAAAACGGGUGACGUUCGAUCGAACCAGCUGAUUACGCUCGUGGCCGUACACACGCUGUUCCUGCGUGAACACAAUCGUAUCGCGCGUCAGUUCGAGCGACUUAAUCCGCACUGGAAUGAUGAGACGAUUUUUAAGGAAACGCGAAGGAUCGUGAUCGCACAGCUGCAGCACAUAGUUUGGGCGGAGUACCUUCCGAAAAUCGUUGGCCAUCGGUUUGCGUCGGCUUACAAGCUGCAUCCGUCGGGUGGCGAUCUGGGAUACACCUCCCACUACCGGCCGGAUGUGAAUCCUUCCGUUUCGAGUGAGUUUACGGUGGCGGCGUUCCGGUUUGGCCAUUCAACGGUGCCCUCUAAGCUGGACUUGAAGGGCCGUUCGGUGGAAACUUGGCACACCUUUCUGGAUCCAACGCGGUUCCGUGAGCGCACCUUCUACGAUGAACUGUUCCACUCGAUGCAACGCCAACCGAUGCAAGCCGUGGACGAUCGGUUUUCGACAAGCGUGACACGGUUUCUGGACGUGGUCCCUGGUACCAGCCACGGGAAGGAUCUCGCUUCCAUUAACAUCCAGCGUGGUCGGGAUCAUGCGCUACGACCGUACAACGAUUACCGUCGACUGACCGGUCGCCCAGCGUUGCAUGAUUUUGCCGAGUUUGGCCCGAAUCAUGGCCCAACGUUGGCCUCACUGUAUGCCAGCGUCGACGAUGUGGAUCUGUACGUGGGCGCCAUACUGGAACCACCGAUCGAAGGUGGUGUGGUCGGUGAAACGUUCGCUGAAAUUAUUAGCGAUCAAUUUGCCCGGUUCCAGCACGGUGACCGGUAUUUCUAUAGUAACGGUCCGGAUACGAAUCCGGGUCACUUUACGCAGGCACAGCUACGGGAAAUACAGCGUACCACGGUGGCGUCACUGAUAUGUGCGAACGCAGGUGAGACGCACCGGAUGUACGUGCUGCCGGAUGCGUUCAGUGUGCCGGACGAUGGUAACCGACCGGUUGUGUGCAGUUCACCGGAUAUGCCACGCUUGGACUUGAGUUGGUGGAAAGAUUAAAUAACAUUCCCA